GCGACAACACCAUCCUAAAGUAACACCGUUAGUUUGAAUAACUAUACCAUUAGUGUACUACACCUCUGUCGAUCUUUUACCAAUUCCGCUGGAAACUACUUUUGGAUUGUCUUUGAUACAUCGCGUGUAUUUGAUACUUGAAACAAAAGGAUUGUUAUUCGUGUGCCAGUUUUGUCCAGCAUAGAAAAUGGGUGCUUGUUGUAGUUGCUUAUUUCCUCGCAACAAUAACGGCAAAUAUUCGCCUCUCUUGUUGGCUGACAACGAGAGAGAAGCCAUCUCCGCCUUGUUACAGUACUUGGAAAACCGUUCCGACGUGGAUUUCUUCAGUAAUGGGCCUUUGAAAGCUCUCAGCACUUUGGUGUAUUCUGAGAAUAUCGACUUACAGAGAAGUGCUGCAUUGGCGUUUGCAGAAAUAACCGAAAAGGACGUGAGAGAGGUCAACAGAGAUGUGUUGGAGCCAAUCUUGAUUUUAUUACAGAGUUCCGAUGCCGAAGUCCAAAGGGCUGCUUGUGGAGCUUUGGGUAAUUUGGCCGUCAAUAAUGAAAAUAAGGUUUUGAUUGUGGAAAUGGGAGGUUUGGAACCUUUGAUUAGACAGAUGAUGUCUACAAACAUUGAGGUUCAAUGUAAUGCCGUUGGAUGUAUUACCAACUUGGCAACCCAAGAUGACAAUAAGUCCAAGAUUGCUAAGAGCGGUGCGUUGAUUCCAUUGACCAAAUUAGCCAAAUCGAAAGAUAUUAGAGUGCAAAGAAAUGCUACCGGAGCCUUGUUGAAUAUGACUCACUCCGGGGAAAAUAGACAGGAGUUGGUUAAUGCUGGUGCUGUACCUGUGUUGGUGUCGUUGUUGUCGAACGAGGAUGUCGAUGUCCAGUACUAUUGUACCACUGCUCUUUCCAAUAUUGCUGUUGAUGAAACCAACCGAAAGAAGCUCUCCACUACUGAACCUAAGUUGGUGAGUCAAUUGGUUGGGUUGAUGACGUCUCCUUCUCCUCGGGUCCAGUGUCAGGCUACUUUGGCCUUGAGAAACUUGGCUUCAGAUUCUGGUUAUCAAGUGGAAAUUGUGAGAGCUGGAGGUUUGCCACAUUUGGUACAAUUGUUAACGUCAAAUCACCAACCAUUGAUCUUGGCAGCCGUUGCCUGUAUCAGAAACAUCUCUAUCCAUCCUCAAAAUGAAGCUUUAAUUAUCGAAGCAGGUUUCUUGAAACCAUUGGUGAGUUUGUUGAACUACUCCGACUCGGAAGAAAUUCAGUGUCAUGCGGUUUCUACCUUAAGAAACUUGGCUGCGUCGAGUGAAAGAAAUAGAUUGGCUUUGUUGGCUGCUGGAGCUGUGGAUAAAUGUAAAGAUUUGGUAUUGAGUGUUCCGCUUUCAGUUCAACUGGAAAUAUCUGCUUGUUUUGCAAUUUUGGCAUUGGCUGACGAUUUGAAACCAAGAUUAUACGAGAGUCAUAUUAUUGAUGUGUUGAUUCCUUUGACUUUCAGUGAAAAUGGUGAAGUUUGUGGAAACUCGGCUGCGGCAUUGGCCAACUUGUGCUCAAGAGUCUCAGACGAACACAAACAGUAUAUUUUAAACAAUUGGACCCAGCCAAACGAAGGAAUCUACGGGUUUUUGAUCAGAUUCUUACAGAGUGAAAGUGGUACUUUCGAGCAUAUUGCUCUUUGGACCAUUUUACAGUUGUUGGAAUCUAACAACAGUGAAAUCAAUGCAUUGAUAAAGGAAAAUGAGUCGAUUUUGAAUGGUAUCAAGAACUUGGGUAUUUCCCAGCAAUCGCAACAAUCACAAAUAUCUCCUAAUGAUGAACAGUACGACGAUUCCAGAGUCGAAUUAUUCAACCUUACACAACAAAUCUUGCAAAUCUUGGGUUGAUUUUAAGUGCAAUUGCAGAUAGAAUGUUUGGCAUAUAUUAAGUCAAAGAGUUACGCUUUCCAAUUGUGUUUUUCAUGCUUCUCUUGGCUACCAAUCUAUAGAGGAUUGCACAAACACCAUGCCACCGGUUGGUUUAUUCAGGAAUAUCUUAGGAUUCCAUUCUAACUAAAUGCUGUAUAUUUUGUUAAACUUGAAAAUUAUAUCAAUAAAUACUUGAACC